AUGCGGUCAGCGACCACAAAACCAGCAGAUGUCGAUACCCCAAAAGCCUCCCAAAACGCCCUUCAAAUCCCCGAAAUCCUCGAAUCUAUAGUAAUCUGGUCUCUACAUUUACACUACGUCUACGAUGACCGUUGCCGACGAGUAAACCAACUCCGUCGCGUCGCCAAAGUCUGGCAAUCAACUAUCGACCAUAAUCCGACUCUUCGCUGUUUCGCCUUUCGCGACCCCCUCAACACAUCUUCAUCAUCAACAUCAGCAUCACCUUCACAAAAGACAACACUAACAACACCAUCGCCACCACCCAGAUUCAGUCUAGCCAUAUUCUGUAGACCAUACUGCACAGCUCUAGAAUACGAACUAGCAGCCGUAACAGAAAUCGCAUAUUCCCAUUCCAAACCCAUCGGCCAAUCCGAAUUCCAAAAGGUUUUACAUUCUAUCACCAUGACCCACAGUCCCAUAAUCAAAGGUUUUCGAAUGAAAAGAAAAGUCCCCCGAUGUCUAGCCUCGAACAUCUUCGUCACAGGACCCACCGUAGAAUCCAUCUACCUAAGAUUCAGCGGAUCGGCGGAUUUUGAUUGGUUAGAAGCUCUUAGGAAAUUUGCAAAACCGACGGAUUAUGUUUUCAACCUUUUUACUAACUUUGAAUAUGAUUAUCAUGUUGAGAGUGAAGAAGGGGUCAGGGGGACUGAUUUGGUAGAUGCGGUUGGGAAGGCGGUUGGUUCGUUUUAUGAGCUUUCUGGGAAAGGGGAAGGGAAGGAUGCUAGUUUUUCGAUUCAAAAGAUUGAAGUUUGGAUUGGGAAUCCGGUAUUGUUGAAGGAACGGCCGCAGUCGAUUCCUGGGUGGCAGAUUAGGACGCUUUGGGAGUCGAAGCCUUGGAAAAGUUAG